AUAAAAAAAAAUAAAAAAAAGAGAGAGAGAGCAUUGAUGAAGACCACUUUUUAUAUAUUGCACGCAUCCAUAUAACAGCUACAGCAUCAGAGAGAAAUAAAGAAGAAGUGAUUUUAGAGAAAGAAAGAAAAAAAAAAAAAAAGUUGGGGCGCCAAUUACAAGUUUUGAGCUUUGCAUGUGUUUCUUUCUUCCGUACAUUUAAACAUCUCUCUCUGCACAUAACCUCUCUCUCUCUCUUCUUUUGUUGUCUUUCUGUUCUGAGAUCUCUCUCUCCUUUCUCUCUAGGGUUCUCUUUUUUUUUUUUUUUCCUUCUUCUGGGAUUGUUUUUGUUAUAUUUGGGUUACUGUCUGUGUUGAGAGGAGGCGAUGCCCUUAUCCUUUGAAAGAUUUCAAGGGGAGGGGGUGUUUUGUUUUUCUUCUUCUUCUUCAUCUUUCUAUCCAGAUUCUCAUAAAAUCUGGUUAAACAAUCAAGAAGACAAAACCGGAGUCAGAGAAGCUAAACAAGAAGAAGAUCUUGGUUAUGUUGUCGGUUCUUUUUUACCGGAGCCGACGUCUGUCCUCGACGCUUUAAGGAGUCCUAGUCCUCUCGCCUCUCAUUCUUCAACCACCACCACGCUGUCUUCCUCUCACGGCGGUGGUACAACCGCCACCGCCGUUACCCCCGGUGAUAAUAAAUGUAGUCAGAUGGGUUUGGAUGAUCUUGAUGGUGUUCUCUCUGCUUCUUCUCCUGGUCAAGAACAGAGUAUCCUGAGACUUAUCAUGGACCCGGGUUCUGCUUUCGGUGUUUUCGACCCGGGUUUUGGUUUCGGGUCUGCUUCUUCUGGCCCUGUCACUGAUGAUAAUUCCAAUCCUCUCUGCAGCUUCCCGUUUCAAGAGGUCACGAAUCCGACGGAAGCGUUGAUCAAUCCAACGACGAGUCACUGUUUGUUCUCUUCUAACCCUCCGUUGUCUCCGCCGGCGAAACGGUUUAAUUCCGGAUCUCAUCAUCAUCAACCCGUUUUCCCUUUCUCGGAUCCGGAUCCGGUUCACGACCCGGUUCGUCGUCAGCACCAGUUUCAGUUCCCGUUUCAGUUUCAUCAACAACAAAUCCCGUCUCCUUCUUCUUCUUCGGCGGCGGUGGCUAUGGUUCCGGUUCCGGUUCCGUCUCCUGGAAUGGCCGGCGAUGACCAAUCAGUCAUCAUCGAGCAGCUGUUCAACGCGGCGGAGCUUAUCGGAACCAACGGAAACAACAACAACGGCGACCACACCAUUCUCGCGCAAGGGAUAUUGGCGCGGCUCAAUCACCAUCUCAACAGUAGUAACCACAACCACAAGUCUCCGUUUCAGAGAGCGGCUUCUCACAUCGCUGAAGCUCUCCUCUCACUCAUCCACAACGACUCGUCGUCGUCACCACCGUUAAUCACGCCGGAGAAUCUGAUUCUUCGUAUCGCCGCUUACAGAUCCUUCUCCGAAACGUCGCCGUUUCUCCAGUUCGUUAACUUCACAGCGAAUCAAUCGAUUCUUGAGUCGUGUAACGAUUCAGGGUUUGAUCGGAUCCACAUUAUCGAUUUCGAUGUUGGUUACGGAGGACAGUGGUCGUCUCUAAUGCAAGAACUCGCUUCCGGAGGAGGUGGAAGAAGAAGAAACAGAGCAUCGUCUCUUAAAUUAACAGUCUUUGCUCCUCCUCCUUCAACAGUCUCCGACGAGUUCGAGCUUCGAUUCACACAGGAAAAUCUCAAAACUUUCGCCGGAGAAGUCAAGGUUCCGUUUGAAAUCGAGUUGCUAAGCAUAGAGCUUCUUCUAAACCCAGCUUAUUGGCCUCUCUCUCUCCGUUCAUCGGAAAAAGAAGCAAUUGCGGUGAAUCUCCCGAUAAACUCCGUCGUCUCCGGUUACCUCCCGUUGAUCCUCCGUUUCCUCAAACAAAUCUCACCAAACGUCGUCGUUUGCUCAGACAGAGGAUGUGACCGUAACGACGCGCCGUUUCCAAACGCAGUGAUCCAUGCGCUUCAGUACCACACCACUCUGCUUGAGUCUCUUGAUGCUAAUCAGAACCAAGACGAUUCGAGUGUAGAGAGGUUUUGGGUGCAACCUUCGAUUGAGAAGCUGUUGAUGAAACGUCAACGUUGGAUUGAAAGAUCUCCACCGUGGAGAAGCUUGUUUACGCAAUGUGGGUUUUCUCCGGCGAGUUUGAGUCAGACGGCGGAGGCUCAGGCGGAGUGUUUGCUGCAGAGGCAUCCGGUUAGAGGGUUUCACGUUGAGAAGAGACAGUCAUCACUUGUCAUGUGUUGGCAAAGGAAAGAACUUGUUACUGUCUCUGCUUGGAAAUGUUAGAUGAAGAAUGAAACCUACACAAAAGAAAAAAAACCAUUCAAGCUAAUUUCUCUGUUUUUCUUCUUCUUUAAUUUUCUCAGAUUUUAAAAAUGUUGUUAUGUUUGUUCAAUGGUGGUGUUCUUAGUUUCAGACUUGUGGUGUUUUAACAUUUUAAGGAAGUAAGGAUAUAUAAUCAAAAGUCUCCUUUUGUUAGA